CUUCUAGAUCCGACUUAAGAAACUCAAAAUCAGUUUCAAAAUAAACGCGUACUCGAACACAAGCAAGCAACCAAAGUGGCGGCAGAGCUAAAGGCCACGUUAAAUCGAAACUAAUUUUUUGACUUGUUCUUGUGCCAAUUAACACCUCUAAAUCGGGAAGUCAAUAAAAUUUCAGUGUUCAGAUUCCUUCUCCAGCAAGCAGCAAGUUGGAAAAUAUCAAAAGAAAAUAAAUAGAAAAAACGGAAAAAAGAAGCAACGAAAAUAAUUAGACAUCAUGAGAGCGUUCAUCGGCUGCCAUAAAGUGGCGUUAAUUGUUCUGGCGUGCAUAACAGUGCCGGUAUUGUGCCAGCGUAAUUUUCGACAAGUCAAUUCUCAAUACUGUGUUACACCUGAAAACUACUACGGGCAGUGUGUAACCCUAAGCUAUUGUCCACAGAUAGCAAAUGCUUUUCAAACAACCAAUCAACGACAAGCCCAACAAUAUGUCAUACAGUCACAAAGGGCGUGCGGCACAAGGAGCAUUAAUGGUGAUCCUGUGGUAUGUUGCUCAAAUCCAAUAACAGCUCCCCCACCACAACCGCAACCAACAACAAGACCCAAUCGUCAAACCGCAAGGCCGGUAACACCAGCUCCAACUAAUCCCUUCAUCGCUACCCAGCGGCCAAAUAUUAAUCCCACAAAUCCCUUUCUGAAUCCCGUCACACAAUCGCCGGUACAGCCCGUUACUCAGGCCCCAGUUGUGCGUCCAACACCGCCACCUACCCCAGCACCCAGCAUUGCACCUUCCAUUCCCACCAUCGAUAACAAGGCCACAUCCUGCCGCGGACCCGAUAGUCGUGAGGGCACCUGUGUCACCCUGAUCAAUUGCCCGGUAUUGGUUGAAGAACUACAAAUCAAGCAAACAGAUCCGGUGUUCACCAAUUAUCUACGUAUUUCCAAUACCAUCUGUGGUGGUACCAAUACCCUGGUCUGCUGUCCUCAAGCCGCGCAGCCAGUCACCUCGAGUCCCAUUACCAAAAACAAUGAUGUUAUACCCCGUCGAUUGCCCUCCGUCGAAGAGGGUUGUGGUUACACCAGCAAUUCGUAUAAGAAAAUCGUUGGUGGUGAAGUGAGUAAAAGAGGGGCCUGGCCAUGGGUUGCCCUGAUCGGUUAUGAUGAUCAAUUGUCACCAUCACCAUUCAAGUGUGGCGGAGCCUUGGUGACGGCUCGCCAUGUGGUGACUGCUGCCCAUUGUUUGAGGAGAGAUUUGAAAUUUGUUCGCCUGGGUGAACAUGAUCUGUCGACAGAAACGGAGGCCCGCACGGUUGAUAUAAAUGUUGUUCGGAGCGAAAAACAUCCUGAAUACAAUGCCCGCAAUGGCCACAGUGAUCUUGCCAUUUUAUAUCUGGAACGUAAUGUCGAAUUUACAGAAUUCAUCUCCCCCAUUUGUAUGCCCACAACCCCAGCGUUACGACAAAAAUCCUAUGUCAAGCACACACCAUUUGUUGUUGGCUGGGGCAAGACCAUGGAGGGCGGUGUGUCGGCCAAUGUUUUGCAAGAACUUCAAAUUCCCGUCUACGACAAUGCCGUGUGUCGCGAUCGUUAUCAGAAGCAAAAUCGUCUGUUUACCGAAAAUCAAUUUGACAGUGCUGUCCUGUGUGCCGGUGUAUUGUCGGGCGGCAAGGAUACAUGCCAGGGAGAUUCUGGUGGUCCCCUAAUGAUACCAGAGCCCUACCAGAACAAUGUACGCUAUUAUUUGAUUGGUGUCGUGUCAUAUGGCAUUGGUUGUGCCCGCCCCGAAAUCCCCGGUGUCUACACGAGCACACAACACUUCAUGGAUUGGAUCCAGCAGAAGAUUGCCGAUACUCCUUAGAAUUCGUAGAAUAAGUAACGCACGAAUGGAACAAUAAGUGCAGCCAUCCAUCUAGCCAGAUGAACUGAUGAUGAAGGUGGAAGAGAGAUUAUUUAUUCAGUUUUUUUUUUUUUUCAUUUAUUUUCUUUUUAUAACUUAUGCAUA